AUGGAGGGAAUAAGGUACAAUGUCUUGACUCAGGACGACCUCCGCGUGCGGCUAGAGGUGGACACGCACAAGGUGGGCGAAUUGCUGUCCAUCACCCCGGGGCUCGCCGCGGUCCUCCUGCGCCACUGCCAAUGGAGACCCGAGCGCGUCCAGGGCGCGUGGUUCGACAACGGGGAGGCGUUCCGCGUCGACGUUGGCCUGCCAUCGUCGGAGGACGACGUCUCCGGUCCCAGGGUGCUCACAGGCCGCACGCCCAAUUGCCAAUGCUUCGACGGCAGCGCCGGCCGGCCGUCCAGAUCGUCGGGUUGCUCCCACUACUUCUGCGACGAGUGCUGGCGGAGGUACAUCCGCGUGGCCAUGGACGACGAAGACCCGCGGUGCCUGCCGCUGCAGUGCCCGGAACCGUUAUGCGCGGUGCCCGUCGUGCGGGAGCUAGUCGUUGAUGUGGUCCACGACGCCGACGCGGACACCUUGCUGGCCCAGUACGAUCGGUUCAUGCUCCUGUCCUACGUGGAUGACAGUGGCGGCAGGAUCCAGUGGUGCCAUGGCCGCGGUUGCAGCCGUGCCGUCGAGUUCCUCGGCAGCAGCGAUGGCGAUGAUUCUGUUUCCACGGACGUGUUCUGCGAGUGCAGGCACGGCUUCUGCUGGACAUGUGGCAAGGAGCCUCACCGUCCGGUGUCGUGCGACGCGGCGCAAGCAUGGGUGGACGAGAAUAGGCCGCCUAAGGCUUCGCUGGACGACCAGUUGCUGGAGAAGGCACUCAGGGACAUGGACGACCUUAAGAGCUCCUGGCUCGAGAACAUGGCCACUGAUCUGGGCAUCGAGGUGACGGACCUCGAUUUUGUGACCCAAGCGUACGAGGAGAUCGCCGAAUGCCGGCGCAGGAUCCGGUGGGUGCACGCAUACGGCUCCUACUACCUGGACCCGGAGCGUGACAGGAACAAGUGCGAGCUGUUCGGCUGCUUGCUCAAGGAAGCCAAGGAUUCGCUUGACAGCCUGCAACUCUGCGCCGAGCAGGAGAGACUGACGCUCUGCACCACCGAGGUGGUAGCCAUUGCCGAGACGUACUCGGCCUCCAAGAAGACGGUCAUGGACCACACUAGAGAGACGCGGCAGCACUUCGACAAUCUGGUGAAAGCGGCAGAGACCCAUUUUCAAGACUAA